ACCAUAGAAUCAUCAUCACAUGAAUCAAUCUCUCUCACCAGACUCAGCUCCAAACAAAAGAGAGAGAUGCAGACCCGGUUCGCAGUCCUAACCCGAACCCUGAAGUCCACGACCCGAUCCUUCUCGUCCUCCUCCCAGACCUCAACCACCGCGUCCUCCCAAUUCCCGCCAACUCUCGCGGGCCUCCGCGCCCGCCUCGCCGCCGAGUCCUCCACCCUCACCGAAUUCGUCGGCGGCGAAGAUCCGUACUCCGUCGAGGUCGGGACGAAGAAGAAGCCGCUGCCGAAGCCGAAAUGGAUGAAGGAGUCGAUCCCCGGCGGCGAGAAGUACACGCAGAUUAAGAAGAAGCUCCGGGAGCUGAAGCUCCACACCGUCUGCGAGGAGGCCAAGUGUCCCAACCUCGGCGAGUGCUGGUCCGGCGGCGAAACCGGCACCGCCACCGCCACGAUCAUGAUUCUCGGCGACACGUGCACGCGCGGUUGCAGGUUUUGUAACGUGAAGACUUCGAGGACGCCGCCGCCGGCGGACCCGAAUGAGCCGGCGAAUGUGGCGGAGGCGAUUGCAUCGUGGGGGUUGGAUUACGUGGUGAUUACUAGCGUGGACAGAGAUGAUAUGGCUGAUCAAGGGAGUGGACAUUUCGCCGAGACGGUGAUCAAGUUGAAGACACUCAAACCUAAUAUGCUGAUCGAGGCUUUAAUUCCUGAUUUUCGAGGGGAUUCAGUUUGUGUCAAGAAAGUUGCGACAUCAGGACUAGAUGUCCUUGCUCACAAUAUUGAGACUGUGGAAGAGCUUCAGAGUGCAGUAAGGGAUCAUCGCGCAAAUUUCAAGCAAUCUUUAGAUGUUUUGAUGAUGGCUAAAGAGUAUGCUCCGGCUGGGACACUGACAAAGACUUCAGUAAUGUUGGGGUGUGGGGAAACACCUGAUCAAGUUGUGAAGACAAUGGAGAAGGUGAGAGCAGCUGGCGUUGAUGUGAUGACAUUCGGUCAAUACAUGCGGCCAUCAAAGCGCCAUAUGCCUGUGUCUGAAUACGUCACUCCUGAGGCUUUUGAUAAGUAUCGAGAGAUAGGCAUGGAAAUGGGUUUCCGGUAUGUGGCAUCUGGUCCGAUGGUCAGGUCGUCAUAUAAAGCAGGUGAAUACUACAUCAAAUCUAUGAUAGAGGCCGAUCGGGCUGCAUCCUCGCACCCUUCUGCUGCAUGAUGAGUGACUUUCUUUCCUACGUACAACUAUUUUCAUGUCUGUAUUUUCAUAAAGUAUCAAUCUGUAUUCUUUCCCCUUGCUUGGCUCAGUCUUUAUUGUACAAGUAAUGAUUAUACAGGCCGAAGCUUACAUGGGCUUGACACUGUUCGAGCUGUAUACUCACCUCAUUGUAAUUACCAGAUAUUGCUCCCCCUCUCCAUUGGGGUUUCGUUUUACUCUGA